AUGAACACGGAAACAGAUAACGUCGACCAGCCGCCGAGCUACGAUGCGAGCACCGCUGCGCCGAGCUACGAUGAUAGCACCGCCGCGCCGCAGCAGCACGAUCCUACGCUGCUGCAGGAGCCCAUGACGCUGUUCCUGGACGGGCAGAGCAUCCGUGGCGGCCAGUCUGCGGACGCACCGGCGCUGUACGAGACGGACCGGGGCGUCGCCAACCUCGGGCACGCGACGACCACAGUCGAGCUGACGCGGAUUGAGCGCACCGUCCAGAGCACGACGACGACGGCGCAGACUCUCACCGGAGAUGAUACCAAGGCGGCGCUCGGCGAAGCAGACGAAAAAGAAGCAGGAAAAGGGCCGGCUAGCAGCGAUGCGGCCGCUCCGCGCAUCAAGCUUCGCAGGCGCCACAUCUUCAACCUCGUGCACCCGACCGGCACGACGACGGCGGCGGCCGAGGCGGCCGUCGGGUACUACAUGAAGCCGCUGACCAAGACGACGCACGCGGGCACGUACGGGCUCAAGAAGAAGUCGCACACUCUGCGCGCGGACGAGUGGAAGGUCCUGCAGGUGCGGGAAAAGGCCAAGGACGGGGAGCCCAGGUUCGAGGACAAGGGCCGGCCGCUGUUUCAGGUCGCCAAGGGGAAGAGCGGCGGCGCGUACGAGUGGAUGGACGCGGACGGCGUGGUGCUGGCGGUGGACGAGGACGAUGCAGAGGACGAGGAGGGAGGCAGGAUGAGGCUGCGAACGGUGAAGAGGAUGGAGAGCAGCGUCGUGGACGCGCUGGUGGCCAUGUGGUGCUGCUGGAUCUGGGCCGAGGCCGCGGAGGCGCAGCCGCAAGUGCACGAGGGCGGCAUGGAAAAGGUUCGGCGACGACUGCGCCUGUCGAAGGAGUUGCCAAGCAGCACCAGGGGUAAUAUUAUCGGUGCGGUCGGCGCGUUUUAG